GGGGCAGAGGCGGAGGAGCCGCGUUCUUGCCGAGCCUUCAUUGCCAGCCCGGACUCCAUGCCAGUCGCUCCGGCAAGGGGCCGCCAUCAGUUUCAUUGCGAAUGUGUGUGAAUGGAGUGAGGGACCGACGGGAUUCUUCUUGGAAAGUGCGACGAUGCUGGAAGGAGACGAUGAGCCAGGAGAGACAGAGGGUCAGACUUUACAAGAAACAGGAGUAGUCACAGAAACGGAGGAACAGCCAGAGGAGGACCAGAGUGAACCUGUCCCUCAGGAAGGGGGAGAAGAAGAAGAGACUGAGGGACUGCAUUCUGAACCCAUAGAAGAGGACCAGGAAGAAGAGCAGGUUGUAGAGGAAACAUUGACUGCUGAAGAAGAGCCUCAACAAAAUGGUGAUCUGGUUGAGCAAACAGUGGAGGAAGAGGAGAGUGUAGCAGAAGGUGAAGAAGCCCAGUCCGAGGAGAAAGGAGAAGUUGAAGAGGAACAAGAGGUACCUUCCAAGGAUGAGGAGGGGGAGGAGGAGGAGGAGGAGGAGGAGGAUUCUGAUGGAGGUGAAAUAGAUGUAGGUACUGAAGAAGUGCCAACAGGAGACUUUUCCUACACUCAGGAAAAUGCAGAGGAACAGACUGAAAUGGUUUAUGAAGAAGAGGGAGAGGUGGAGUCAGAAUUACAAGAUGAAGCCAGAACUGAUGGCAAUCUUGAAGAACAGGAAGCUGAUAUUGCACAUGAAGUCAGAGAGGAAACUAGUACAAAGGAGUUGGAAGAAGAAAAUGAAAUAGAGCCAUCAGAAAUUGAGCAGGAGGUUGAAACUAAUGACCUUGAAGUUGCUAAUGAUGCAGAGGGCGAGGUUGAGGGUGAGGGCGAGGUCGAGGUCGAGGGCGAGGGCGAGGGCGAGGGCGAGGGCGAGGGCGAGGGAGAGGGAAUAGUUGAAGAAGAGGAGGUGGAAAAUGAAUUCCAGAAUCCAGAAGAGCAUCCCAUUGAGGAAGGAAUGGAGCUCGGGGAAGAAGAAGAUCACUCAAAGAACCUGGAGAUUGAAGAUGGUAUGGAAAUUGAUGAGACUCCUGAACCCAGUGAGGCGGCCGAUCUUGCGCUUGAGGAAGGAAAAGACCUUGAAGCGGAAGAUGGCGUGAAUGGAAUUGCUGGAAUUGAAGCAGAAGAUGAGGAAGAUGGGAAUGAUGAAGGUGAUGAGUUAAGCCCUGAAGACCUCUUCAACAUUGCCCCCUCAGAUGGCAAGGCUCUUCCUCAAUGUCGUUUGAAGAGGAACUACACUUGUGUUCACUGUGGAUUUAACACACAAAAUCCAAGAGAGCAUCUGUACCACCUGAGGGAUGAGCAUGGGGAGCGCAUGAAAGUCUUUGAAUGUCCCCGCUGUAUAUAUGCUUCCAAGAACCAGCAGAAACUCAUUCGCCAUGCACGGAUGGUUCACAAACUGAAGAUCAAACGUCAAGAAUCUGGAAGCAGCCCUUAUAAAAGCCAUAAGUCAUCUCGUGUUAAGAUGUCACCCUCUAAGUCUGCAAGGGAGAGUGUUUCUCCAGGGAAAUCCUCUAGAAGUUCCCCUGGAAAGUCACCAAGAAGUUCAGAGUCCACUCAUGAUACAUGGGAGGGAAUGGAUGAAUAUGAAGAUGAUGAUUUAGAUAUGGAUGAUUCACCUGUAAAAGGGGACGACAGGAAGCUGUAUUUCUGUGAACAGUGCGACUAUAGUUGCAGAAGUCGCAAACUUUUAAAUAGACAUGAGACAUCAUACCAUCUGAAGCGACGGUUCUUCCGUUGUGUAAAAUGUAAUUAUGUCACACAUCUCAAAGGCAGAUAUACUAAGCAUAUGAAAUACCAUCAGUUACCAAUUCUCAAGUGUGAAUAUUGUGAUUUCAGGACACCAUACAGAUGGAAUUUAGAUCGACACAUGAAGAAUCAUGUAGAGGACUGUGGGGAAUAUAAGUGCCAUCUUUGUAAUUUUACUGCUCAAAUCAAACAAAGCCUUACAGUUCACAUAUCAAAUCACCACUUAACAGCAGAACAGAUCAGGGAGCGGGAGAUGAGGCGUACCAUUGGCAUAAGCGACCCGGCAGAUUGCACAUCAGACGACCAGGAGCUAGAAUUACUGCGUAUGGAAAGAGACGAGCAUCCAGACGCUCUCAUUUUGCCUGGUUUUGGUUCUCCUACAUCCCCAGGCAACGGAGACAGUUCUCAGGGACACCACAAUGGUAACAACAGUUUCCGUGUAUCCAACAUUGACAUGGGCAACCAUGAUGAUUCUCACAUGGCUGCAGAUGAUAGCAAAGAUGAGGAUGGGGAACCUAGAAGAAAAAACCUAAUUAAGAUAACACUGAAGAAGAUGAAGUUACCAAAGUCAAAAGAUACUUUCUUCCAGGAAUUGAAUGAGAGACAUAACUUUGAGGAAGAUUUCAUUCACCCAGAUGAUGUAGUACAUAGACAUGGUAAUGUUUACAUCAAGACAUUCAAGUGCCAUUAUUGUCCCUUCAAAGCAGCCUUCAAGAAUGAGAUAUCACGACAUGAAAAGAAAAUCCACAGCAUACCAAUGCCUAAGUCAGAAAUCUCCAAGAAGGCCAAGAAAAGCAUGAAGGCCUACAAGUCAAUGAAGAUGGCAAAAAGUCUUAAGCAUAGCAUAACUUCUAGUAAUGAUGUGCUCAGUGAAAUUCUGCGUUUCCCUCAGAGUCUCAGGGAUGAUGAGGAAGAGAAGGAAGAGAACGUUGUUAUGGAAGCCCUUGAAGAAAUCAAUGCUGCUGUUGCCAUCAAUGAAAAAAAACUAAAAGAAGAAGAGCUCUCAAAUGGAGAGAAUAAGCUGGAUGACAACGCCUCAGGCAGAAAUAGUCCAGAGAUGCUCGAUGAGCCUCUGGGGGAACAUUCCUCUGAUUCGAAGGAAAUGUCCCCAUCAAAAGACCAUGGGAAGAAGAAAGGGCAGUCAUUCUUUGAGAAGUUGCAGGAGAAGAUUCCUACCUCAAAUGUACAGAAUUUGGUGUGCCAGUUUUGUGGACAUGAAUCCAAGUGCUUAUCAGAGUCAGUCAGGCAUCAGAAACUACAUCUCAGUGCAAAGAAUAUAUAUGCUUCUGCUUCCCUUUCUACAAGGUGCCAGUUCUGCCGGCAUAGAUGCAAAACCACUGACGACCUCAUAACUCACCUGAAACUCUGUCCUGAAGCUCGCAAAAAUCAGAUAACAGACUCUGGAAGACGGCCAAGUGGUUUCAGAGGAGAUGAUAUGGAUGACAGUGGGGAUCUGCAGGCAGAUAGAGAUGAAGACAGCAAAGACAGCAACGAUAACUUAGAAGUUCGACAGACUAGGAGCAACAGUGUGACACAAGAUGGAGAUGAUAAAUAUGAGGAAGAUAAACACCCAAUGGAAAAUCGAGUCUUUGUAUGGAACAACUUCCAAGUGCAGGAAGACGCUGAGCAAAAUGCAGAAGGAAGCAAGAUCAAGGAGGACUCGGAAGCUGACUUGAGAGACCACAAAAAUUUGGCGGCAGAGGAUCUCCAGAAAGAAACAGGAAAGAGGAAUCUAUCUGUGUCUGAUGACCCCCUUGAUUACAUUGAGAGUCCUUCCCCUCAGGGUAACCAUUAUUACAGCAAGAGAGUAUAUAGGUGUCCUCAGUGCAGUUUUUGGGCCACCACUGCCUCCCGAUUCCAUGUACACAUUGUGGGACACUUCAACAAGAAACCUUACAAUUGCUCUGAGUGUGGUUAUAAGUCUAACUGGCGCUGGGACAUCACCAAACACAUUAAGCUGAAAACUUCUAGGGACAACAGUCACCAAGGGGCUCAGGUUAUUAUCACAGAUGAGACUGGAGAAAAGAACUACGAAAAGUAUGAUUGCUACCUGGCCAUAAUCCAGCUUGAUGAGACAAAUGCUCAUCGAACCGAAGGAGGGAUCCCAACCAGAAAGGGAAGACCAAAACGCACCCCAGAAAAGGAAGAGGAGAAGGAGUGUGUGACACCCUCAAUCUCCCCAGUUCGGAAGCCUCCCAUGGUAUCCAUCCCAGUGAUGCCCCGCAUGCAAGGGUUGCCUCGCCUCACCAGAGCCCCUGGGUCUCGCAGCCGGCCAGGGCCAAUGCCCUUCGGUCCCAUCCUCCCUGGACCCCAGAUGAUGGUCCAGCUGGCAGGCAGUGCUGCAUCCUCAGGAACCUCAAAUUCGCGGCCGCCUCCUCCCUUAAGCCUCCGAGGGACCUCAAAAGGCCCCCCCACCUCAACCCCUUCCACUUCCAGAACCAAGUCAAGUUCCUCCAGGGAGUCAACAGAGAGUCCCACAAGCGCUCAGUACCAGAUUAUCACCCCUCAGGGGGCAGUCAAUACCAGCCUGGAGACCCUUCAGCUGCUUGCAUCAGGCUCCACCAACAUAAGUAGGCUUAAGAAGCAGCAGCAAGAGAAGGGGGGCUCCGAUGCCUCUGAGGAGACGGACAGGCAGGACACAGUGUCACACCAGAUGAGGUUGAUAGCGUGGCUCAGCUACUUGACCGGAGCAGGUGUGCAGCAGCAGAUCCAGCAUAAGCGUCUCGACAUGCCAGAGCGCACCAUGGGGAAAGUAGAUGUAACGGACUCCCAGGGCAAACGGCAGGACAGUUGCCAGAAGCCUCUGGAUAAUACAACAGAGAUAGCGAGCGUGAAACCGUUGUUCAGCAUGUGCGACUGGCUCAUGCCCGAGGAGGGCCCGUUUCCUUGCUCCAUGCUGUUCAUCGGUGUGAUGUGUGUGGUUAUGCUGCCGGAACCAAGAGGGCUGUCCAGUUGCACAUCGACAGCAGUCACGGGGGCCAAGGUGGCAUCACCAGCCGCUGCGAGGGACAGACCCCAGACUCAAAGGAUAACUCAGGGGAUUCGGAGAACAUGGAGUACAAUGAGAGCACAGCGGAUGUUCCAGUGCCGUCAGUGUCCUUUCUCCAGCAAGAAGCGCAGCGAGAUGAGGUCGCACGUGGUUUACCAUUCCUCGCGGCCAGACUGCAUCUUCAAGUGCAUGUUCUGCCCUUAUUAUGUUCCCACUAAAGGUGAGCUCUUUGAUCAUUUGAAUGUUCACGGAAUGGAAGUGCCAGCUUCUGUGCUUGAAGCUGCCAGCAAAGUAUCCAGCACUCCUGCACCAGUGCCUCAAGAGGAACCUGGAAGUGGAUCUCGGAACCUUGCCUGUGACAGUUGUCCCUUCGAGACCAGGAGUCGUGCGAAACUGAUGCAUCACCGCCAGUUCCACAAGCCCAAAGGUCUUCCGUUCCGCUGUCCUCACUGUACCUACAAUGUAACACGUCGCCACCUCUUAUCCCAGCACAUCCGCGUGCAUGGAAUGGAUCCGGUGUUAGAUGACAGCAUCGAGGUGAGCAGUGUUAAUGAUAAUAAUCAGGCAGAUGACAGGUCCAACUCUCCUUCUCCAUCUCUUACCAUCACACCCGUCAACAAUGUGGCUGCCAGUGGCAAUACAGGCGAUGAUAACACAGUCACAGACUCCUCCUUGCUUCCGAAAUUGACGGACCAGAGCACCAUGGUUUUAGAUGACAUACCACUUGUUUGGGUGUCUAGAGAUAAUCGUUUCUUUAAAAUGUUCAAAUGCAGGCAUUGCCCACAUGUUAAUUUACGUAAAACAAAUAUACAAGAGCAUGAGAAAAUGCACAAAACUGACGCAGCGAGAGAAAACGGUGGUUUACAUUGUCCAUAUUGCUCUUAUGUUAGUGUUAACGCUGGUGUUAUGUCAGCUCAUAUGAAGGUACACGCUGGUUCCAUGGGACAAUGCCAUGCCAUUGUUGACCCAUCUCUCUCAGAUGAAGACCAGUUGAGACAGCUCACAACCAGAGUAAAUACAAGUCGCCCAGAAACUCCACAACCUCCAGAAAUACCAGCGAGUAGAGAGACGCCUGCGAGAAAAGCAGAUGAGAAGGUCAUUUACUACUGCCAACAGUGCCCUGCCAGAUUCUUCUUUGUGAAGGAGAUUCAGAUUCACACCCGGUUCCACACAACGAGUCUGCCUCAUAAGUGUGAUCACUGUAACUACGGUGCACGUCAGCAGGCUCACCUCCUCGCACAUCUCAAGGUGCACACACCUGAGUACCAACAACGUACUCGCACCAUGAUGAGUCAGCACAGAACUGCUACCACACAUCCUCCAGUUCCAGGGCUAACAAUCCCCCACGAAACACCUGUGGAGACCUCUGGUGACACCCAUGAGUUGGCCAACAAUUCGCGGCCAUUCUCAGCAUCCCCACCUCCUACCUCCGUUCCACAGCCUCCCCCUACAAGCAAGUACAUGUGUGAUGAGUGUCCAGCAUCAUUCUCCAAGCUGUUGACCUUACAGUAUCAUCAGUCUCUCCAUGGAACCAACAACCCCCAUAAAUGCCAGCGAUGUUCAUAUGCAGGCAAAACAGAAGAAAACCUCCAACAACACCACCUCUUGCACAGUCAGUAUGAUGAGACCAUACAAGCAGAAAAAGCUUCCAAAGAACCACCACCUCCUCCUACCCCACCUCCUCCUCCUACCGAUCCUGAUCCUAAACCUGCACCUGUCCCUGUCUCCAGCCCGAGUGAAACCCCGGCUCCUAAAGCCCCAGAGAACGAAAAACCACCUUCAGAAGAGCCCUCCAAGAGUAGCUCUAAGAGCACUGAGAGGGACUACUCUUACCAUCCACCAAUCAAACUGAAGCUGAUUGGUUUGAGACCAAUUGCUUCAGAAAGUGGUGGGCGACCUCAGUUCAAGUACUAUGUUGAAGAACAGAUUCCUCUCUCUGGUGUAGACUUGCUGAGACGGAAAACGCAGCUGGAAAAGGAGGGGCAGGAUAAGAUUACCAGUAAUGAAUCGGGAAGUAGCAAGGGGUAUAGUGGGAAGAGCAAGUCAUCGAGAGAGAGAGAGGAUGUGGAGGAGGAUGACCCCAAGAGGAUAGGUGACCCGAAGUUGUACUACCCAAUGCACAUUGACAAGGUCACAGGGAAGUCACGCGAAAAGAGGUACAAGUGUAACAAGUGCCCUUCAGCCUUUGAGAAGACAGAGCAGUACCACGUUCACUCCAAUCUCCAUGGUUCGAAUCACAAGUACAGGUGCCGCAUCUGCGAUUACUCUGUGAAGUUCUUCGCUAAUUUCAUGAUGCACAUUAACCGCCACAAGUACCACGAGCGGAUGCUCUCUCAGAAUGGUGAAGGUCCUCCACCUGAGGACAUUGACCCCAAGUAUGAGCCCAUCAUCAGCUCUAAUGACAAUAACAUCCAGGGAGAAAAACCAAGCAAGAGCAGGGGGGAAGAGUCAAACAAAGAGAAUUUGGAUGAUAUUGACCUCACCACCUCUGAGCGCCAGCAUCUCCUUUUGCAAAACAAGAAGGGGGUGAAGGAGCCAGCCAGCAAAGAAGAUGAGAAGGAGAGGAGAGUCUAUUACUGCCAGUAUUGUCCUUACGCUAACGUCAGACGCGACGCAGUGGAUAGCCACAGUUUGCGUCACCAAGCCAAUGGUGGGUAUGGCGUCUACAAGUGUACUUUCUGUGACUACACGGCCUCGCAGCCCAACUUCAUCCGUGAGCAUACCAAGGUCCACUUCCGUCCCUUCAAGUAUGUUCAUCCUGAGGGAUUCAUGCGCCAUGACCGUCAGGAGAUCCUAAGUGCUCCCGCUGUGCUCCCAGGAUCCAAGGUAAUCGACGGUCCUAAGUUGCAGGACAGCAAAAACGCAAGCAAUGUCGAGGACCGGUACCUCAUUUUCUCCCAUGACGCUGGCGUGUACAACCCACCCAUAAUCAGCAACCCGGGGGAGGAGGAGGAGCCCGACUCUCACAUCGCCAGUGGAAUCCAGGUCAACUUCCGUUCGGGCGACAUUGUGGAAGCGCCCAACGACUUCGUGAUUUCCCUGAGGCCCGGCGCCAAGAUCCGCACCGGGCCAGGGAUGAUGGAGUCCAGCGACCCGUUUGCUAUUGACGGAUUGGACUCUGCGGCCUCCAGUGUGCAGGGCGAGAGUGCUCUGUGCAGCGCUGACAUUAUCUCCAAGUCUCACCCAGACGAGUCGCUACCGGAGAACGAGGAUCCGAGCGAGGACAAGGCAGAGAGGAUGGACGUAGACGCACAUGACCCCGCAGAGGGAAAGAGUCAGGCGCAGCAGGAGCCCCUCGAAGACGAUCAGGAAACCAGACUGACCAACGGCCACGCUCACAUGGAGGUCGGAGAGGGGUCCAAAGAGGCCACCGAUAAUGAGGAAGAGAGCGCGAAAAUGGAAGGAGUGACGGAGGGAGAGGACGUCGCGCCGGCUGAGGAAGGGAGCUCGGCGGAUCAGCUCCCGGCGGAUCAGCUCCCGGCGGAUCAGCUCCCGGCGGAUCAACUCCCGCCGGAUCAGCUCCCGGCGGCCAAGAGAGCGGUCGCACAACCUGAGCCUUUAGUCAGUUCUUAGUGAACAUAUCAUUUGUAUCGGCAGUUAAAACAAUAUAUAUAUUUUUGUGAUUCGGGCUGUGAUUAGAGAGAGAAAAAUGUGUACGGCCAUUUGUACUGAAGAAAAAAAAUAAUAGUUCGUUGGAGUGUAGCACUUACAUUAUUGUAAUUAAGUAAUUUAUUCACAACAGAAUAUACUUCCUGGCAUUAUUUAUAUAGCUUUUUAGUAUAGGAGGGCAUCAGUCACUCUAACUGCCACGUUCAGGUUUUAACAGACCAAAGACUUGGAUCGGCACAAAACUUUUUAUCAACUGUGUAUCAAAGUUAAAAAGAAGCGAAAAAAUAGAAAAGAAAACUUUUUCUUUUUUUGCCUUUACCAAGCAUUUUACGUGACUUUUGUAUGCUCAUGUAUGACGUGUAAUAGUCCAAGCAAGAAGUGUGAUUCUUUGUAUAUGUAUACACCUAUCAUGUAUCUAAUGUAAUAAUGUUGCUGGUCAUGUAACCGUAUGUUGGGAGGUCGGGUGAACGCAUAGCGCGUGCCGCAUCUCUUUGUAAUGUGGGCGAGAGACAAAGAAAGGAAGAUGGAUAAACAGUCACAGACAGACAGAGACAGAACGAAUGAUUGUGCGAAGGAGAGAGAGAGAGAGAGAGAGAGAGAGAGAGAGAGAGAGAGAGAGAGAGAGAGAGAGAGAGAGAGAGAGAGAGAGAGAGAGAGAGAGAGAGAGAGAGAAUGCUAAUUCACAUACCGAAGUCUAGGGUGGAUGUACUAUCCUGUGAAAUAUGCGUGUGUGUUUGUAUGUGUUUGUAGACCGACAGACGAAAGAGGGAGAGUCAACGCCAAGCAGACGAAGGGAAUGACAAAAGCAUCCUCAGAGUUUUAUACCUUCCGGUUUCAUAGAAUGUCGAAUCUGUUUGUUAACAAUUCAGAUUUGUAACAGGUAACGAAAGCAAAAACAAAGAAAGAAGGGCUAGAUGUUUUAAUUUGGUAUUUAAAUUUUAACAAAAUAUAGUAUUAUUUUUUAUGUCGACAACACUAUUAAUUUGUUACAGUGAAUAAAAUUUUAUUCACCAACAGCACCCAUUGUCCAUUUUUUGCUGCCUUUUCAAGUUUUUUUUUUUUUUCUUUUUUCGUUUUUUUAUUGUUAAAGGUCUUGGUGAACUGAGGUUAAAUGAAGAAAUGAGAUUUUUGUAAAGAGAGAAAGCAAAUCUGCAAACUUAACCAACCCUUUGUUGUGAGCACAGCUGUUUGCGUUCGUCUUCGUUGUGGGCGGGAUUUUGUAAUCUAUUUUCACAAGAAUUUUAUGCUAAAAA